AUGGCUGCGAAUUCAGCUGUUUCGGUGCCUCAUGAGCCCGCUCCUCCAGCCCGCAAUGAAUCCAAGCGCGAGAGGAAGCGCCAACUCCUGCAUGACCGACUUCAGCAAAUGUCCGAGAACUUCUCAAGAGGCCGCGACAGUGCCUACCGCGAACAACUACAAAAGAUCCAACUCGACACCAACCUCAUCAUGCGAGUUGACCCCUACUGCGAACGCCCUCUCGAGGCUCUCGACCUAGAGCAAACCGAUCCCGCACUGCUGGGAAACACAGACCCUGCCACUGCCCGAACCUUGCUAGAGAUGGCUGGUCCAAGAUUUCGAGACUUUGUUCAUGACAUAGAAGAUCUCGUCGAGGAGCGCGACUACGAAAUUACUAAGCAAAAGGCUGAAUACGACCGCAAAUGUCAGGAGCACCGAAAUGUGUACAAUUACAAAGUCCUUCAGGCAAGGCGAGAGCAUCAUUCAUUAGCCUCCACCGUCCGCGAUCGUCUCAUCAAUACCAUAGCAAGCAAGAAAUAUCGCCUCAGCAAAGAAAAAGAGGCUCUCGAGAUCAGCGAUGCGUCUGCCUUACUUCUUCACCCGAACCAAUUUAGCAUGACCAACCCCGCCAGCCCCGGGGGCACGCAUGGCAAGAGAGCCACUCGACUUAGGAGAGAGAUGGAAGAAAUGCCUGGAUUCUCAGAGAACAAGAAGAGGAAGAGGAAUGCGAAUGAUGACGACGGGUCGCCAGUGCCCCAGCGGCGGACCCUGGAUGCAAAUAACAUCACCCCUGUUUGGCAGAGUGAUAGGCUGCGCUUCGGGAAGAGCACCGGCCCAAUCUACAGCAUUGACAAGCUCUUCACCGACAAGGAGCUGUCAAUGACAUACAACAACGCCGCGCUUGCUGCCCACAAGUACAUGCUCAGGCACAAGUCCAAGGAUGGCGUGGUGUCAUCGCCUUCAGAAAGCGGUCCCGACGACCAUGAGGAAGGCGAGGACGGCACAGACUCCGUUCCCUCCGCACCGGUCAUGGAGCGCCAGAUAUCGCAUGCGACUAGAAGUACGCGAGGCGGGACACACAACCCCAACUUCUACGACAACAAAUUGGUGGGAAUAGAGGCCCUCGCCAACUUCGAGCUACCUGGAAAUCUUGAGAGACUUGACGCACAGGAACCUAGGCUACCACCUAUCGUACCUGCACCGUACAACAAGGCCAAGCCUAUGACCGAGGCCAGUGGCCCAGCUCCUCUGGCGGUUGACGACGCUCUGGCAGACUUGCAAGCCAUCUCCGUGCUGCGUCAGUACGAGCAGCUUCACGGCGUGGGGUCAAAUUUCGACGUCCCCAACGGCGGUCGGAAAGUGCUUGAAGCUGUUGCUGCAGGCCCACGGGAGGAGAAAUUUGUUGCCUACUUGCAAGGUGAUCGGCCAAGCACAGACGACCUCCGUGUAGAACUCAAGGUCGAAAUCAGCAAUGUGCGCAGCGAGCCGGGGCCAGGGUCUCUAGCACCGGCUAUGGCUGGUGUUCCCAUGAGUCGCCAGAACUCGGGUGGAGUGGCAAUGAGCCGUCAAGGAAGCAACACUAGAAGAGGGAGACGAGGCUGA